CGGGUAACCUAGCAACACAGAGACAGCGGAGGUAGCUGAGGAGAGAAACCUGGCGCCCUCAGAGCAGGGUUGUCAGAGACAAUAAAAACACAAUACCCAGAUAUUGCAUCAAAGUCUCAACCUCCAAGGGCAUACAGAGGCAAAGAAGGCUGCCCACAAAAUGGCAUUAGACAUUCUUGCCCUGGCCUCUUUCUACCAAGGCCCUGCCACGAACAAAAUGGGACUAAAGGCAGACGCAUCUACAAAGCCCUUGGUCCCCUCUAAGAGCAAACUCACCACCAUUGAGGCCAAGAGAAUCAUGUCUGUCCUGGAGGAGGCCAUCUAUAAGGUGGAGCUGGUGACGGUGCUGUCGUAUGUGGCCUCCAACCCAGAGGGCGUGGAGAAGGUGCUGGGGGAGGACAUCCUGAGGGCAGUGAGAGAGCACGAGGACCUCUGCCAGGUCCUCCUGGAAAAUGCCAGGUGCCUGGAGGAGAAAGAAAGGCUGUUGCAGGAGGAGGCAGAGAUGGAGGAGGAAUGGCAGCUCAGAGACCUUGACCUCUCCAUAGAGAUGCAGAAAUCCAGCCUCCUGCCGCUUAUACAACAGAUCAAAGACUCCACCAAGAACGUCCUGAGACUCUUGCUCAGUAACCCCCAGGCUGCCGGUUUCCUGCAGAUGCAGACACUGGGCAGAAGCGCAGGAGCCCAGAAGUUUAUUGAUAGCCUGAGAGAGCUCCAGGGUUUCCUGUUUGAGAAGCUGCUCACUAGCCCCAUGGAAGCUAAGGAUAAGGCCCAGUUCAUUCAGGACAUCAAUAAACGAAAUCAGAGGAACCAAGAAGUCAUCGAUGCUCUUGAAAAUGAAUUGACAGCAAGAAGGAAGAGCAGGGAGGCAGAGGUGGAGAAGGAGAACUUUGUGAUCCAAGAACUGAAAACCCGCCUGCAUCAGGUGCUCAAGUUCUCAGAGAGCAGCCUCCUCCGAACCAAGCAGGAGGCCGAGAAGCAGCAGAAGGUGGACUUCCGGGCCUCGCAGGCCAGGGUGGCCAAGAUCCAACAGGAGAUCCUGAUGCUGCGGUCACAGUUCCACAACCUGGUCACGGAGAACCGGGAGAUGGAGCAGGCGCUGAGGAAGAAGAAAUACAAAGUGGAGACAGAAAUCGAGAACUGGAUCCAGAAAUAUGAUACGGAGAUGGGUGAAAAGCAGGUACAUGUCGCCGAAGAAGUCUGUCUCAGGAGGAGUACGAGGACCUGGACCUCAUCCACAAGGAGGAGAAGGUGCAGCUGGAGGAGCUGCAGCACAGGCACGACGUGCUGCUGGGGGAGUUCGCGCAGGUCCGCGAGGAGCGGGAGAUCCUCGCCAAGAGGCGGCUGGAGGCCGAGCAGGAGAUGGUGCGCAUGGUGCGCGCCGCCACGCUCAUCCAGGCGCUGUGGAAGGGCUACCUGGUGCGCUCCCUGCUCCGAUCCAAGAAGAAGAAGCGGGGCAAGGGCAAGGCGAAGGGCAAAGAGAAGGGCAAGGGCAAGGAGAAGGGCAAGGAGAAGGGCAAGGGCAAGGGCAAGGGCAAGAAAUGAGCCUCCCCCCGGAGUGCUCCUGACCCCAGCCCUGACCGCGCCCUGGUCCUCCCAGAGGUCAGGCCAGGGAGCCACCGGAAUGGACAGCCCUGCAGUUCAUGGUUUUAAUGAUCUUUUAAAAUUCGAAAACAUUUUAAAUCACAUUCACAGUAACAGGCUACAAAUAAACCUCACUCUCCCCAGGGCUGUUGGCUGUGUGUGUCGGUGCCGGUAGAUACCCAGUUUCCAAGAGGAGCGUCCGGGCCGGGUGCCAGCCCACAGACGACAGUUCCUUACUUCAGCCUCUGCGGGGAACUCAGACCCUAGCUGCAGCCCCCUCUGUCCCAGCCCAGAAUCAGCCGUGGCCAUGAUGGGGACAUCACCCACCUGG